CCCAAAUAUCCUCUUUUGCCUCUUCGUUCCGUUGUUCAUUCCAACUCAAAAUUCCUGUGUCAUCACAUCACCUCUUCCAUACUCAAUUUUUUCUCACUCUAUCGCUCAUCCCAACACUUUCCCAAUCCCUUCAACCUCUCAAACUCCCAUCCAUCCACUCUUCUCAUCUUGACUCCACACGAACUUCACACAUAGUUCCAACAUCAUCCACCAUGCCUAAGAUCACAGAGAUUUUCUUCGAUUGCGACAAUACCCUUGUUCUCUCGGAAGAGCUAGCCUUUGAGGCCUGCGCCGAUCUCGCCAAUGAAAUCCUGGAGACGCGUAACAUUGAUGUUCGCUAUACUGGCGAGCAGCUGAUCCAGGACUUCGUUGGACAGAACUUCCGCGGAAUGAUGGGCUCGCUCCAGGACAAGUUUGGCUUCGAAAUGCCCAAGGAGGAGCUUGAAGGGUAUGUUACCAAGGAAGAGGACAAGGUUAUCGCCAAACUCCUUGAAAAGGCCAAGCCCUGUGUAGGAGCCACUGAGGAACUUGAGAAGCUCUUUGCCGAGAAAAAGUAUGGGCUCGCCGUGGUCUCCUCCUCUGCCCUGCGUCGCGUCCGUGCCUCUAUCCAGAAGGUCGGACAGGACAAGUACUUCGACUACGACCGUGUGUUUAGCGCUGCAACCUCUCUUCCCAAGCCUACUUCUAAGCCUGACCCUGCUAUUUAUCUCCACGCUUUGGAUGUCUGCGGAAAGAAGGCCGAGGAGACCGUCACUAUCGAGGACAGCAUCUCCGGUGCGCUGAGCGCCAUCCGCGCCAACAUUGCCGUCAUUGGUUACGUGGGAAGCUACCCCGGUCAAGAGAAGCAGGAAGAGAUGGCCGAGCGACUCACGAAGCUUGGUGCUCAGGUCAUCAUGAGAGAGUGGCAUGAAUUUCCCCAGUGCCUGGAGGAAAUUGAGAGCUGCGCAGUGUCUCCCGCUCUGUGA